GUGAUCUCCCAGCAGAGCAUGAAAGAAACCCUGUUAUACAGGUUGGGAGCCGUUCUCAGACUUUCUCAGGCACUGAACAGAUCCAGCAUGUCAUCCUCGCCUCGGCUGGUCAUGGAGUGAUCUUUCCAGAGGGAAGAAGCAGCAGAAGUUACAAAGUGGAGUUCUUAUGUCAUGGAGCUACAGACCGCAGCUGAGAACAAGCAGGUCAACCAAGCCUUGGGUUUCCACUGGCUUUCUUUUGCCUAUCAGGGCCUGACAGAGAUCCCAUAUGACAGCAUACUGAUGCAGACAGACACGCUCAAGGUGCUGGACCUGAGUUACAAUAUCUUGGAUGAGAACCCGGCUCUGUUGGGGCGGCUGGAGAAGCUCAGCACUCUGAUUCUAGACUCCAACAACUACACAUCUCAUGUCAAGUUCCCCUACAUGCCAAGCAUCACCGCCAUGUGCAUCAACAAGAACAAGAUCAAUAACCUACCCGUGUUUGUGGAGGAAAUUUGGCGAAAGUUCCCCAACAUCAAGGUCCUCAGUAUGAUGAACAACGAGGCUGCACCUAGCUACUUCAAUGGAGGAAGUCUGUCCCAAUAUAUAGAUUACCGACUUUACGUAAUCAGUCAGAUCCCAGGCCUGGAAAUUCUGGACGAUACAGAGGUUCUGGAGAAGGAGAGAGUUCAAGCCAGGAAAACCUACAGGCUGCAGCAGAGCAGUCUCAGCAGCAGGAAGAAGAAGGACGAGUCAUCCAGGAAACACACACACAUGCAGAGGAAGGUCAAUACCAUCAUCAGACAAUAACCUCAACCCUUUGACAAUGUUAUGAUAAUCAAUUCAUUUUUGUUAGUACUGAUUCUGCCAACAUUUAUAACCAUGUCCCAUGACCCUGCACCAUAAUAUUAAAGGUAGCAAUCAUCGCCAAACACUUGUACAUUCUGUUUAUUUGUCUCCAACUGUCUCACUAAUGAAUGCCAAGAGGAGGCUAUAAAGACGCUAACUUCAGGAGAAAAAUAUAUACAGUAGGUGCUGCUGCUUGACAGAACAGUCAGCUGCUGUUUGGCAUCUCUUGUAUUUUUACCAAUGCCUGUCAUGCCCUCAAAGAAGUCAAACAAGGUAGUUAAAGCUGCAGUAUGUAACUUUCUUGAAGACAUAUUAUUUUCAUAUUUGUUAAAAAUCUCAUUAUCUUGAAAGUAGAAUAUGAGAGAGAUAAUCUGUGAAAAAAUCAAGUUCCUCUGCUUCUUUCCUUAGCCUAGUGGUUCCCAAAGUGUGGGGCGCGCCCCCCUAGGGGGUGUGGUGCUAUUGCAGGGGGGACACGGGAAGAAAAAAAAAAAAAAAAAA